UUUACAGGCUCUUUUCUACAUGUUCGGAUGGAUCCGUGUGAACAGACAGAGCCCGAGAAGGUCGUGAAUGGAGCUGUGUACGAGAAGGACGCUCCUGAACAGAAUACUACCGUGGACACUAAUGGCGGGCUGAAUGGUCAUGACAAGACGGAAGCGGCUUCCGAAUUUUCAGAGGGAGGACAGUCUGAGCCCCGAGAAAUCGUGACUAAUGGAACACAAAAAGCUCCAGAAAUUAGGCCAGAUACUCCGGAACCAGAUACCACAACGGAUCAUAGAAGUGAAGAGGAACGUGACCAUGGCAGCGAACCUGGAAGUCAUGACGAAGUCGACGAGACAGAAAGUGAAGGCGGAGAAGAGGAAGAAGAAGACGAUGAGGACUAUGAACCAGCAUUGAAGUACGAUUUGCUUGGAGGUGCGACGGAAACGCUGCUAGAAAAGGACUCGGCCUCGGCCCUCGCAGUUUCUCCAAAAUACCUGGCUAUGGGGACACACAAUGGUAUUAUACAUGUUCUUGAUUAUUCAGGACAGCGAAUAAAGUCCUAUCGACCACACUCUGCUUCCGUAAUUGACAUAUGCUUCGACUCCGCGGCUGAGUUCGUUGCAACAGCUUCGAUCGAUGGACAGGUAGUCAUUCACUCGUUAUCAACGCCAGAAGUAUACGCAUUUGACAAGAAACGGCCCAUGCGGACCAUUGCUCUCGAACCUAAUUUCUCAAAGCGCAGUUCCCGAACCUUCGUCUGUGGCGGUAUGGCCGGAAACCUUAUUCUCCACGAAAAGGGUUGGCUUGGUCACAAAGAGACUGUCAUACACGCCGGUGAGGGUCCAAUUUGGAUGGCAAGGUGGCGAGGAACACUCAUAGCUUGGGCAAAUGAUGCGGGUGUUAAAAUCUAUGAUACGUCAUCGCAGACGCGAAUAACAUACAUUGAUCGUCCUCCCGAUAGCCCGCGUGCGGAUCUCUUCAAAUGUACCUUACACUGGCAAGACGACACGACGCUUCUCAUCGCAUGGGCCGAUACGAUAAAAGUUGCUCGUGUGAGAUCUAGACCAAGGGGUUCAGGUUCAAGUGGCACCAACUCACCUGCUCCUGGCGAUUCAAGCAGGAUGAAAGUGCUACCUCCUCUUAUGGUGGAAAUCACGGCAAUUCUGGCAAUCGAUGACAUGUUGGCGGGUAUUGUACCACACCCAGCGGACCCUGUCCUAACGGAUGCACCCUCUGCACCAUCUGCAUUCCUUGUACUCGCAUACAGCCCUCCGGAUACGUCAUUCAAGGAGGAAGCUCCUGCCGACGCGAAAGUCCAAGCUCGAAAGCUGGCUUCGCGGCCCGAGUUGCGUAUUAUAUCGCGAAAGGGAGAAGAGAUGUCUUCAGACGUACUCGGAAUUUCGGGAUAUCAGACAUGCGGAUGCAACGAUUACUGGUUGGCUGAAGUACCUGAAGAAGGGACUGGGACUGGUGCUGGGAGAUGUUAUGUUGUUCUGAACCCACGAAGUAUUGUGCUGGUUCGUCCUCGCGAUCGCCGUGAUCAUAUAUCAUGGCUAGUUGAGCGAAAACGAUAUGAAGAGGCGUUAGAGCAGAUUGAACGCAUGCCUGGAGAGGGCCUCGAUGCGGCUGAGAUUGGUCAGCGUUAUAUUGAACACCUUGUCAACGAAGGCGAGUAUGAGAAAGCCGCACAACUGUGUCCGAAGGUUCUUUCACAAGAUGCUCAACGAUGGGAAGAUUGGAUAUUUGUCUAUGCACAGAAGAACCAACUUCAGGCUAUCAUUCCAUACAUUCCCACCGAGACCCCUCGUCUUUCGCGGCUUGUCUACGAAAUGAUUCUCGCCCAUUUCCUCGCUCAUGACCGAGAGGCACUCUUGAGGACUGUUAAGGAGUGGCCAAACACGAUCUACGAUGUCGGAGCAGUCACGGUCGCCGUGCAGUCCGAACUCAGUCAUGUAUCAUCUUCUAGCGCAGAGGCUAAGAUUCUUAUGGAAUGUCUUACAGAGAUGUACCUGGCCAACCAUCAACCAGGCAAAGCUCUUCCUUAUGUUCUGCGUUUGAGAAGAGAGAAUGUCUUUGACCUUAUUCGUGAAUAUAAUCUUUUCACGGAUGUGCAGGACCAGGCGCUUCUCCUCGUCGAGUUUGACCAGGAACUCGUCAAGCAGAGGCAGGAAUCGGGUGGAGAUGGAGGUCUAGACUCGAAAGGCAGGAGCCCCGCUAUCGCAUUGCUUGUCGAUCAUACUUUUUCUAUACCUGUUCCUCGCGUAGUCCAGCAACUUGAGGGCCGACCGCAGUUCCUCUAUUUAUACCUUGAUGCACUGUUCGCCAAGGACCCUCAUCUCGCGUCGGACUACGCAGACGAACAAGUUCAACUCUACGCCCAAUAUGCACCUAACCGGUUAAUAGACUUCCUUCGUGCGAGUAACUACUAUAGUCUCGAAAAGGCUUACCUGGUCUGCAAGGAGCGUGACUACGUACCAGAGAUGGUCUUCUUGCUCGGUCGUAUGGGAAAUAAUAAGCAGGCCCUUACCUUGAUUAUCGAACGCCUCGGCGAUGUCAACAGAGCUAUAGACUUCGCCAAGGAGCAAAAUGAUGACGAUUUGUGGGAAGACCUGCUUAGAUACUCAGAGACUCGCCCAGCCUUUAUUCGUGGACUGCUGGAGAACGUCGGUGCCGAAAUUGACCCUAUACGCCUGAUCCGACGGAUCAAGAAUGGAUUAGAAAUUCCAGGUCUCAAAGAGGCUCUCAUCAAGAUUCUGCAGGCGUUUAAUCUGCAGAUCUCUUUACUUGAGGGGUGCCAAACUAUUUUGGAUGGUGAUUGCUCCACGCUCGCACGGAAACUACAUAAGGACCAGACCAAAGGCUUCUUCGAAACAGCUGCAUCGAAAUGUCUGUUUUGCAACUUGCCCUUACACCAAGGUCCAACGUCCGCGACUGUACUCUUUCUAUGUCGACACGUUGUGCAUCUCUCUUGCGUGAAAGGCGGAGAUCGAUUAUCACGCCAGCAAGAUCCUGUGCUCUCGAGUAUACUAGGUGGGAAACAGGACGUCGGAGCGAAGAUCGCUUUUGCUGCGAUGGUACGUAGACGAAUCGAUCAGGGAUGUCCGGUGUGUCACAAGCGGGACGAGGGUGAACGUGCUGCCUGAAAACCUUACGCUCUACUCGGCUGCCAUCUCCCAUCUUUCUUCUUCGUUGUUAUCAUGAUGUUAAGCUUGCUUGCUUAUAAUGUAUCUCGCGCAUCUGUACAAUAU